AUGAGCCUUCUCGCAAACCCGCUCGCGACGCCCUCGCAGCUCUACCACCGCGCCUCCUCCUCCUCGCUGCCGCGAGAGCUCGACGAAGCCGUCUUUGUCGCGACGCAAUGCCUGACUCAGGCCGCUGGCCGGCUGCUGCAGCUGCCGCAGUCGGUGACGGCGCAGGCCAAUGUCUUGCUGGCGCGCUUCUGGCUGACGGAGUCGCCAAUGGCCCAUGAAUUCAGCGAUGCAUCAGCUGCCGCCAUCUACCUCGUUGCGAAACUGGGACCGCUGCCUCGCUCGCCGCGUGAUGUGUCGAAUGUCUACGCCUACCUAUCGUCUGCGAACUCGGCCCUCUUCCCGACAGACGAGCUGCUCAAGGACGACCCGCGGUCCUACUACCAGACCGAAGCCGACUACUAUGCCUUUCAACAGCGGAUGCUGGGCCUGGAGGCUCGCAUCCUCCACUCGAUCGGCUUUGAGACCCACGUCUCUCUUCCACACUCGCUAGCCAUCACCUACCUCCAGACGCUCGACUUUCUAUUGCAGCCGAGAACGACAGUCUCCCUACGGACGAUACAAUACCUCAACACCGCUCUGCUGUCGCCCCAGAUGCUCUACAUCACGCACCAGCCCAAUGCGCUCGCCACGGCAGCGAUAUACAACGCGGCGCGCGACCUGGGCGCCAAGAUGCCGGAGCACGAGUGGUGGGAGAUUUUCGAUGUCGACCGCGAAGAGCUCGGGUUUCUGGUGGUCGCCAUGCGCAGCCUCGAUGGCUGGAUGCAGAAGCUCAAGGAUGAGUUUCCGAGCUUUGGCAGUAAAGUGCUCACGAGGAGCAUGGUCGAGGAGGAGUUGGCUAAGAGAGGGCUGCAUGUCGGCAACGGAGAUCAGGCGCCCGUGGAUGCAGAGGAUGAAGUCAUGCGGAUGAUGGAUAAUCGGUGA